AUGUCCACUCGCGGGCAGUUCAACACCAAGAAUCCAACCAUCAAGCGGAUAUUAAAAGAAGCCUCAGAACUAUCUACCUCGCCUUCACCAGACUACCAUGCCGAACCCGUAGAAACGAAUCUCUUCGAGUGGCACUUCACAAUUCGUGGUCCGCCCUCACCCUCCGCUUACGCCGGCGGCAUCUACCAUGGUCGCAUAAUCCUUCCACCCCAGUACCCUCUCCGCCCGCCAUCGUUUCGCUUCCUCACACCUACUGGCCGCUUCGAGGUAAAUCGCGAGAUCUGCCUGAGCAUAUCAGGACACCACGAGGAGACGUGGCAGCCCGCGUGGGGAGUGCGGACCGCUUUGGUUGCGAUAAGGAGUUUUAUGGACACAGAUGCCAAGGGACAGCUUGGUGGAAUCGAGUGCAGUAAAGAUGCGAGAGAGCGGCUGGCGAAAGAGAGCGGGGCAUGGAGGUGCCCGGGUUGUGCGAAGAGCAACGCCGACGUUAUGAGAGAGAGGGAAGAGCUAGUCAAAGAGGUUGAGGACAAGGAGGGCAAACGUGAGGAAGACGAGGUCCCUGACGAGCUCAGACUGGCCUAUCGGGAUGAGCUAGGAAAGAAGGAGAAGGAUGGAGAUGCAGGGCAAGCUGACAAGGGCAAGGGUAGGGCUGUGAAUCUGCCUCUCACGGCUGUUUCCUCGGCAUCCGAACCAGCAUCAGCAUCGACAGCAGCCUCGAUGGCUGUGGGAACUGCACGUAUCGCCACGCUACCAAGCCCAACAAGGACGGUACAAGCACCGCCAGUGCAACAGCUGGAGCAGCGCAGUCCGGAACACUCUUUAGCAUUGAUUGAUACUUGCAUAUACGGCGUUGUCGUGGCACUUUUGUUCAUGGUACUCAAGAAGUUCACAUAG